GAAACGCUCAGGGAAACCAAGAGACACACUCGCACACUCACUCUGGGGGUCUGAAGGACACGACCUGGCCGUCCCUGCGACCGUUUGGCCAUUGUUGUCUUAUUCUCUUGAAACGAUAACGCUGGAACGAGUGAGCUUGGGUUUGGGAAGGAAACCUACUGUAAAUCUGGCUGUGUGAGGCGCGUCCGAAUGAAAUGAUAACCAUCAUCUUGGCUUUAACAGACAGGCUCCCAGCAACCGAAUCUAGUUAAGUUGUAUAUGUUCUGAUACUGAGCAGACAGAGGUGGAGAAAACCCUUCCAGGUGUUGAGAAAACAUCUAGAUUUUGUACCCAUCAUCAGUUGUUGCGCAACUCGCUGGACGGAAGAAUUGGUUCAUCUUUGUUUGGACUCUUCAUCUGUGAUGAGAGAGACUGACGGAAAUCAUCCACAACUUUGAGCUGCGGGUUGUGAAACUCAAAUGAACAGAUGAGUGAAGACAAAGCUGAUGGACAGCGCCUGUGGAGAGUUCCCUGCAUCUCUGCUUUCAGACCCAACGAGCAAACAUGCAUCUUUACCCCGUUUCAGAAAAUAAAUAAACGACCGUUUCUCUUUAAACUUCACCUCGGUCUGAAAUGCUACGCAGGUAAUGAGAAGAAAGGAAAAAUCCCUGUACGGUGAAAAUCGGAUAAAAUGUCUGCUCUUCAUAAGAAAUUUGGAAGCGACUAUCAGGUAGUGACCACCACAUCUUCCAGCCACCAGAAAGACAAGAGGAGGAAACGACAGCGAUUUGUCGACAAGAACGGACGAUGCAACGUCCAGCAUGGAAACCUGGGUGGGGAGACCAGCAGAUAUCUCUCAGACUUAUUCACAACUUUAGUAGACCUCAAAUGGCGAUGGAACCUCUUCAUCUUCAUCCUCACAUACACAGUAGCCUGGUUAUUCAUGGCUUCGAUGUGGUGGGUCAUCGCAUACAUCAGAGGAGACCUGUACCGAACUCAUGAUGAGAAGUACACACCAUGCGUGGCCAACGUCUAUAACUUUCCCUCUGCUUUCCUUUUCUUCAUUGAGACAGAGGCCACUAUAGGAUAUGGCCAUAGAUACAUCACUGAUAAAUGUCCAGAAGGAAUCAUUCUCUUCCUGUUUCAGUCCAUCUUGGGCUCCAUAGUGGAUGCCUUUUUAAUAGGCUGUAUGUUUAUUAAGAUGUCUCAACCCAAGAAGAGGGCAGAGACUCUGAUGUUUAGUGAAAAUGCUGCCAUUUCCAUGCGUGACGGCAAACUCACGCUGAUGUUCAGGGUGGGAAAUCUACGCAACAGCCACAUGGUUUCAGCACAGAUCCGGUGUAAAUUACUCAAGUCCCGACAGACGCCCGAGGGUGAGUUCCUCCCCCUGGAUCAGCUGGAGCUGGAUGUGGGUUUUAGCACCGGUGCGGAUCAACUCUUUCUCGUGUCACCACUCACAAUCUGUCAUGUGAUCGACACCAAGAGCCCCUUCUAUGAGCUCUCACAGCGAUCCAUGCAGACGGAACAGUUCGAAAUAGUCGUGAUUUUGGAGGGGAUUGUUGAAACGACUGGCAUGACUUGUCAAGCGCGGACGUCAUACACAGAGGACGAGGUGCUGUGGGGCCACAGAUUCUUCCCGGUCAUCUCUCUGGAGGAGGGCUUCUUUAAAGUGGAUUAUUCUCAGUUCCACGCCACAUUUGAGGUUCCCACACCUCCCUACAGUGCGAAAGAGCAGGACGAGGCUUUACUCAUGUCUUCUCCGCUCAUGGCCCCAUCUCUGUGCAACAGCGGAGAGAAGAACAGCUCCUUGGACUGCCUGGAACUGCUGGAGGAUCCAGAGAGCACAACCAAAUUACCUGCCAAGGUGCAGAAGAUGACAGGUAGAGACGGGCUCCCCAGGAAGCUCCUGAGAAUGAGCUCCACCACAUCAGAAAUGACAUACAGCCUUGGCGAACUGCCCAUGAAGCUCCAACGCAUCAGUUCCGUGCCUGGGGUCUCAGAGGAAAAGCAGGUUUCCAAGACAACUAAGAUUGCCACAGAGGCCAUUAGCAAAUCAGUUGCGGACUUGCCACCAAAACUGCAAAGACUGGCCGGGGGAGGAGGUCGCAUGGACGGACAUCUCCCCCCCAAACUCAGAAAGAUGAACUCUGAUCGUUUCACAUAGAAGAACUUUUGUUUUUCAGCUACUGUCAAAAGGGCCCUCAUAUACAUAUAUGCAGUAGCAGUUAAGUAGAUUAACAUAAUUGAAAACGUCUGUUCCUGUGGUGGCUUCACAUACAGUGAACAGACUCAUUCAGGUUGUUGUUACCACAGGCACAAUCUGGUAUUGAUGACAACCUCAAGUGCAUGGUAAAAUAUCUAUUUCCCUCUGAUGGCAUGACAAGCUGUACAUAUUUAUUUGCCAAGAAAAUGUUAGCAAAUAUUAAUUUCUCCAAGCCAUAUGGCGAUGUAGCGGACAGUUCCUCCUAUGUGGCAAAUUAGGCGUUUAUUCAAGUCACACAGUUGCGUUGUUUGCCAUAAUGCCUGUUUACUGAGCUUAUUUUACAAUGCAUGUUUAACUUAACAAAGGUGAUAAAUAGAUGUUCAGAUUUACUAAUUCCUUGUUUCAGUGUUAAUACAUACUUUAUUUGGAUUUUUCCCAUGCAUGGUUGUUAACUGAUAGACCAGUAAUGCAAAUAAUCCUCUUACAGCAAAAACUUAAUUAGUUAAGUAAUUAUUUAGAAAAGUAAAUCUAUUGAACACAGAACAAACAUUAUUGAGAAUUAUCAAUGAAUACUUGACUGUGGUAGGCUUUUUAUGGCUUUAGUAUUUACUGAGAGUAUUAGAAAAGGGGGCUGGGGGUAUAUAAAUCAUUUUGGAAAGCUGGUAUCUGUCAUCUCCUUUAUAAUAGUACCAGAAAUAUUGCCUUUUAUUUUGCUGUAUUUUUUUUCUCUCCAUCUACCUAAAGGGGUUUGAAUGCUGACUUGCUUUAUUUCGAUAAAGAAGAAGAUGCUUUGCAAAAAGUUGAUGCUGUACUUUUUAAAAGAAUUAAUGCAGAAAUAAAAAUGUACAAACAAA